AGGGGCGCCUGCCAAAUGAGAGUGCAUGUACAUUCUCCGACAGCAAAGAGGCGUCGGGCACUCAGUUCAGAGGAUCGUCAAAGGGUUGCAGAAGAGAUCUGCAACACCAUUCUGGGACACACCAAGGAGCGCUUCUCCUUCACCGACCAUCUCGUCUGUGCAACCUUGUUGCAGGGGGACAGGUUUGAAGAACAUCACGGGUCAUUUCCUGAAGAGGCACUGCAACGCACUUUGAAGGCCUACCCGAUGCUGAAUGGAAGCAAGCUGAAGACAGAACUCGGUCUCAUCUCCAGCAAAGUAGAGUUCAGAGCCUGCUGUGGUGCUCUGGACCUAUUCCAGCUGGUUAUGGAGAACAAUCUUGAAGUUGUCUUUUCAGAAACUGUCAAUCUUUUAAGGAUCCUGAUCACCACACCCAUGACCACAGCUGAAGCAGAGAGGUGUUUCUCAACCUUGAAAAGAGUGAAAACUUUUCUCAGAAACACCCUGACCCAGGAAAGGCUGAAUGCCUUGGCCAUGCUCUCCAUGGAAAAGAGACUUGUUUGUGAAAUGACAGAUUUCAAUCAGAAAGUCAUUGAUAAAUUUGCUGGCCUGAAGGAGAGGAGAGCAAAACUGAUGUUCAAGUAAUUGUUUUGUUGUGUUGUAAUGCCCGUCUGCUAGUGCGCCCCUCCAGAAUAUUUUAUCACCAGCCGCCACUGUUUAAGACUCUGUCUGAUCUUUGAACUGAGCAAUGCCACUGACCUACCACUGCAGCACAUAAAUCACCAAGCAGUCUGUGGAACAAAAACGUGAUCGAUGUCUGUUGAUGCUUAACUGACAAAUGAUUUGUUUCUUCAGCUUAGUCAGCACAUGACUGGUUUAUUUGAAAUGGGUAUUUUCAAAAAGAUAUUUGAAUGAGA